UUAUGAUGCACACCUGGGGACCACAAACGAGGAUAUUGCUCAUGCUUUUAAAAGGUCAAUCGACCCUUCCACGUGUUCUUUACUUCACUUUUUGAUAAAGAUCAGUGAGCUAAAAUCCAUUUAUACUGUUGGAAGAGCGAGUGAAUAGAGUCUAAACCCCCAUAGCAAACGGACGCAACAAUGUUGGAUGUUAAUGUUGUGUCCGCUUCCACACCCUGUUGCAUAUCGUGGCAUGUUGUUAGUAUUGUUGGGAGCUGUUGCGCAAAGUUUGAAACCAGUCAAAGUUUUGAGCCAAAACUCGUAAAAUUUCUUUUGUUCUGUGAUUGCCGAAGCGUAGUGGAACAACGUUGGAUCCGUUUCCAUAGGUCUUCCAACAGUGUUGGGACCAAUCACGCGCAUUAAACAUGGUUACAAAGUCUUAUGGGUUAUAUCCUUCCCACGAUGCACUGCAGGUCCCAACAUUGUUGGGAGUUGAUGGAUCCGUUUGCACACCCCAGUCAACAAUGUUGGGAGUUGUGUCCGUUUGCACGUAGCUUAACUCGUUUGGAUUAUUUUUGCAGACGGGAUCCCUAACGGAGGUCACACUAUUGCUAAAGGAGGAAGCUUACCUCGUCAAAGCUGGAAAAAUCCCUCCUACUAUGACAUGUACCAGUCAUAAAACCGUAGAACAGUAACUGAAGAGGUUUGAAAUUUAUUCUUGUAAAAUAUCGAAAAAUUUGUGCCACCGUAGCAGAGUUCUGAACUACUUCUUCAUGGUUUGUAUAGACAUCGUCGUGAUAUUAAAUUUCUUUAACUCUGUAGUAGACGACUUGAAUUUGCAGUACUUUAUACUUAAAACACCAUAAAAUUAUGGGAAAAGCUGCCUAUUUUUAAAGAUAUGUCCCCAAUGAGGACACGUGUUAGACGGUUACUUCUUUAAUAUUGUAUAAAACUGGGGUGUUUUUAGAUCUUUCAUAAUAAUUUUGAAUGCUUAGGAACAAUAAAUAUUUUAGCGUGUAAUUAAGUGAUCAAUUUGCCUGAAGUUAAUUUAUAAGUAAUAGGUUAGCUUGUAUCAGUCAAAAUAUUUAUUCCAUUGUCUGUAUAUCGUUAACGUUGGGUUUUUACAAUGUAAAGGGGCUUAGCUUCCAAUUUGACUGUCCGUUUGAAUGACUAUAACGUGAUAACACAUCCCUAACCACACCAGUCAUCAAAAAAAUACUCCUCUCAGGGGGUACAAUAGGCCAUGUUACAGUUACAGGUGGAAACGAGGCUGGAGUUGACGUUGUUUUGAUACAACCCUUCCUGCUUUAUUAUGUAAAUCAUGUUUUUCUUUUGCAAACUGCUAUUUUUAAGCAUAAUUUCCAUGAUAAAAGGGCUUUGUAUCAAAUCAAGGUCAACCUUAGCCUCACGUUCACUCAAAGGCUGAGAUGCUAAGCUCACAACUGUAAAAUGGUCUAUUUUGAACCUAUUCAAAAAAGAACGAAUAAUUUUUACGUAAUUGACUUUUUGUUGUUACUGAAGCAUUUUAGUAUAUAGAAACUAAAGAGAAUUACCCCCAACGUCAACUGCAAAACGUAGCUUUUUGGGCAAGCUAUUUUUUAACCAUGACACACAUACUGUUUGUCUGCUUUAUAAGAAGACGUUUUACGUUUUAAACGGAAAUCAGGCAAAGGAGUUAUAAGUUACAGUCACUGAAUAGGAUAUCAAACUAUUUCUGUUGAGAAAUGUUAUGCAGACUUCUGCAAUAAUGAAGGCUUAGGUCCAGGAUUCAACGAUAAUGAGAUGACGAUCCUUAUGAUGGCCGUCAUACAGUAUCCUUGUCAAGAGAAGUUUACUAGAAUACCUAGAAUUUUGUCAAAUAUGAAGUAAUAUGAAUGUGACGAACAACCCAGUCAAAUAGGAAGUAAUGAGAAAAGAAUAUCGUUCAAUCCACAACGUAAGUGAUGAUUUCAAUUGUAAAGGAAAGUAUACUUGAAUGUACUUCUGGCCUCAGUUGUUCACUAAACACGGAAAGCAUUAUCCAAUGGAUAGUGAUAUAUCCAGUGGAAAGCGCCAUCCAUCGUUUGAACAACAAGGGCCAGGAGAGCUUACAGAAGUCUGGAUUAUACCCACAUAAUAAAAUCCAGGAUUUUGUCAAUGAUGGAUGGUCAUUCCUCUUCAAGUUUCUGUCUCAUUGUAAGAGAUUAUUUUCACCGUUUUUAGAAUUUGCGAAAUCUCUUUUGGAAAAAUUGGAACAUCUAGAUUCGAUAUUUUAUGUUGGCUGUUGAGAUGUUUUUGAGCUUGCUGUGUAGAUAUUGUAAGGGGUUUUUAUAGCCAUAAUUGUGGUCCAAUUAACAAUUUCCUUUGUCACAAGUACGAGUAUAUUCCUUGGCAACAUGACGUAUUUUCCCGAAGGAGUUUUUUAUUCAUUUUGAGCUGAAAACAACAAAAAAAAAUAUGUGACGGCUUUGCACGUAUGUUGCAAAUAAGCCCUCCCAAAGAUGUACAAUUAUACCAAAUGCUAUAUUUCAAGGGAAUUUGGUGAGAUUGAUUCAGUAUUUCUUAUGAGAUUAAUAGUAAGUGUUA